UUCUUCUUCAUCUGCUAGAGCUUUGUUCUUGUAAAAGAAAAAAAAAAGAGGACAAGUUGGAAUUCUUGCAGCAGUGUGUUGGGUUCUUUUUUGUUGCAUGGAUGGAUCCUUCCAGCAGACAAUAUCAGAAUUUUCAGGCGAUGACGAACCCUCCGGCGGUGGACAUGGCGGUUACCCAAAACGGAAACGAACAACAAGAGAGGAAACCAAGGCCGCAGCCGGACCAGGCUCUCAAGUGUCCGCGAUGUGAUUCGACCAACACGAAGUUCUGUUAUUACAACAACUACAGCCUGUCUCAGCCGAGGUAUUUCUGCAAGUCAUGCCGGAGAUAUUGGACCAAAGGUGGCACACUGAGGAACGUCCCUGUCGGCGGAGGCUGUCGGAAAAAUCGAAGAUCGACAUCAUCGUCGUCGUCAAAGAGGACCCAAGAUCAACCACUAACACACAACAACGCCGCCCUCCUACCUUUGAGUUACGACACAAACGACCUCGGCUUAGCCUUCGCUAGGCUCGAGAAGCAAGCCAAUGUUACUUUAGGAUUCGAUGCUAAUGAGCUUUCCAUGCUCGGGAACCCUAGUGGCCUCACCUACGUCGGGGACCGAAAUGAUUUUCAGGGCUUUUAUAGAUACGCGAUCCCGGGGGAGGUCGACAAUUGCGGCGGUAUCGUCGCCGGUGUUAGUGGUGACAUGAUGACGAUGUUACCGUAUAACAACAGCGACGAUGGCAAUGAAGACAUUAUCAACAAUACUGCGAUUACGACAUCGGAUGCAACGGUCUCGACGAUGAUGAAACAAAGUGAAGAUCGAUCCGUGUUAUGGGGUUUCCCGUGGCAACUCAGUGGUGACCAUGGGAGUUAUAACAUAGCUGAUCAUGACCUUGGAAGAGAAAGCUGGGGUGGACUCAGUUCAUAUUGGCAUGGACAUAUCAAUAGCCCUCUAAUGUAGUAAAUUGAAGGGUUU